AGAAGUUUUCUGUGUUUUAGUUCCGAGUCCAACUGGUCUAUCGUAUUGAUGCAAUAUCUCAAACUCAACAACACCACUGGCCGUCUUACGUAGCGGAAACACUUAGCAUUGUUCAAUCCAGCACUGAUAGCCUGAGACGCCAGUUCCGCUAUGGCCGUGGCCGUAAAACGCUAUUGACCGUGAUGAGCGAGGCUUGGUGCUUGCGUCAACAGAUGCCGUCUUCAUAGCAAUACCGUAAAGGGAUUCAUCAGUGGAACACGUGCUCACAGGGACCGCUUGUGUCAGGACAAAGAUGGCCGUCAACCUCCAUUUCGCCUCAUCCAUUCACGCUGACCUUUGUCAAACAGCGUUGGAGAUGGAGAGAUGACACCCUGUGUGUUACGUGUCCUCAAUCAGCCAAAUCUACGAGCUGCUAUUCCAGUGACUGAAGCAUGUCGGUAAAGUGAUCCAAAGUGAAGGACGACAAUGGGAAGGAUUCGAUUUUCGACAUAUCUUCGGAUUAAACAGGUCCUCGUGACGUGUGUGACGGCUAUUUGUGUCGUUACUGUAUUGAUGGCGACAGGCUUUACGUCACACACUGCCUUCACCAAGCGCAGUUAUCACUUGACUGGAUUAUCGGAAUACGUCAAUAAACAAUUUCCACUUCAAGGAAAAGAACGGGCGGGAUUAAAUGCGAGUAAAUAUACUUCACAAGCUGCGGCAGCUCCAACUGAACCCCCUGUUACCAAGGAUAUAUUUCGUGAUUAUUUCGAUUUGAGACCAGUAGUUCAUUCCUUUCAAACCUCACAACAGCACCCCUUUUUGCCUGGCAUAGUCUUGUCAAGUGAUAUUUGCAAUGACUCAAAAGUGGAUAUACUCAUCUAUUUCAAUAGUGCCUGUGAUAAUUUUCAAAGGAGGAGAAUUCUCAGAGAAACCUGGGCCAACAGGAACGUCUUUAAGGAUAUAACGGUCCGAGCUAUAUUUAUAUUGGGCCUUCCUUCCAAAGCGGACACACAGCUUAGGGUAAAUAACGAGAACUCCGUUUACGGCGACAUAGUCCAGGGAGACUUCACUGAUUCAUUCCGCAACCUGACGUAUAAAGCAAUGACUGCCAUAAACUGGAUCAACGACAAUUGUUUGCAAGCGCGUUACGUCGUCAAGGCUGAUGACGAUAUGUUCGUGAAUAUAUUUAUGGUUGUUGAGGAUGUUCUUCCAAUGAUAUACAAAAAACAGCGAACAGUUGUUUGUCAUUAUAAAAAGCGCGGGACCAGCGUCAUCAUUAGGAACCCGAAAGACAAGUGGUUUGUUCCGCCAGACGUUCUGCCGGAUGAAACAACUUUUCCUGAUUUCUGUUCCGGCUACGUAGUGAUAAUGACAGCUGAUAGUAUUCCAUUACUGUUUGAAUCGUCCUUCCAAGCCCCUUAUAUAUCCAUUGACGAUGUCUAUAUGUUUGGGAUUCUCCCCUUGUUCUCCAGGAAGUUGAACUAUGUGGAUGGCUCCAAGAACUUCACUCUCAACAAUAAGGUGGCACUAGAGCAGUACAAGAGUACCAAACCAAUCACCUAUGUAGUGGCCAAUGCAUGGCAAGAUGGCUCCCAAGAGAGUUACUGGACAGCGGCCAUCACCCGACUCUCGUUGUGGGCAAAGCGACAUGCCAGCAUUGUCGUACUUCGAAAUAGCAUGGGACCAAAAUAGCAUGUAAGCCUUUAACAUGACCAUAUCAAUAGUGGAGUGCACGGUUGUUUGUUGAUGUACAUGUGCCACCAUGCUCAAAGGUGCUCUAUAACCUUAACAAACAGUUAUCGAAGAAAACCAUCUGGAUAUUGCGAUAAUGUUAUUGUCAUACUCCCUCACAAACCCUUCAUACCUUGUUAUCCUGAAAUACCACAUGCGCCUGCAUCUUGCAUCCUAGGUUCUCUCAGCCAGUGGGGAUAACAUGUUAGUGUCUAUGUAUAGCAGUUCAUCACAUUGUCGCAUUUGCUGUAUUGCUUGGCGGAUACACCACACCAGAGCUUGUCACGUGAUCUCAGUUGUCAGACACCGGGUGUCAAGGUUGUGUAUGCAAACAAAGGUGCACACUUCCCUUCCAUGUAAGAAACGUGAUCAUUAUAAGAGAGGGAACGCAUAUUCAUCAUAUCAUCAUUUAUUUAGUCGAAGCAAAGGGUUCAUUCACGUUUCGCAUGCAUGUUAAUGGCCACAAUCUUGUUGAAAUCUGCUGAUACACUACAAUUCCGUAAGGUUGAACAAUACUGGCAAGAAGUAGAUAUUUGACCAUCUCAGCAUGUCCUGCAUUCGUACUAUGAGACAUGUUUUGGCUGAUAUUGCUCCUGAACCCCAUACGUACAGUAUGAACACAGGGGAUAAUGUAUAAACAAAUUCUUUAUCACAAUAUAUCCAUUUAUUGUAAUAAAGAAGUUGUAUAUCUCUAGAACAACCCCUUAGUUCAUCACACCAACUUCAGUUUGCCCCUCAAAGAAGUUAUGUACAUUGACGUCCAAGACCAUGAUAAUGUAUGGGGCGUCAGCGAAGUUCAAGUGUACAUCAAAGAGUCAUAGUUAUGUAUAAUUACAGUAUUUAAACAUAAACAUGUAUAACCUCAUUACCCACACCAAUUAACGUUAAAUAAGAAUCCCUCCAUCCAUGAAUGAUUGUAUUUGUUCAGGUGGGUUUCGUCUCUCGGCAACAGAUGCUGUUUCAGUUCGUUUUGCGAAGAAAGUCGUGAGUCCAAUCGUCUCAGUCAUGUUUCUGGUUCAUAAUUCAUGUCACGGCAGAUUCAGCAUCUCACUGCAAGGCAGCGUUACUGUGGGUCAUAGCUAUGUGUUGACGGCUGGUGAAUUGCAGGUAGCAGCAGCAAAGUCCUUAGCAUUCUUGGCCAAUACUUUUGCACAAGGUUAAUAAACUAUGGGAACCGCAGAUCACCAAUACUUCAACUCUGACAUCGAUAUGAGGGAGCCACAAUUCUCCAACAGUUUAUUGAUGUGGCAUUCAUAUAUAUGUAAUUAUUAUCUUUAUUUGAAUCACAUUCCUGCCUGAUACAAAGAGUAUUGCGAGUCAGGGACGAAUGAAUUCCCACUCAGGCGUAGUGAGCAGACUGCGAGCGGACCAGUCCUAAAUUUAUCCCAUUGGUGUUGAACACGAGGCGAAGUACGAUUGGUAUAAAGAAUAUGCGCCAAAUUCGUUAUUUUUAAAAUGGUCCAAGAAAGAAUACACCCUUUUCCCGUAUCAAGUGAGUAUGUUUGGACCUACACUCCAUUAGGCUAGAUCCAUAGCUGUCUUGGGUUGUUGUGGCUCUCGAGGGUAAAUAGUUGUCACAUAUUUGUAAGCCAUGAACUGUUCAUUGAUGAGGGUCAUUUCUCCACCUUCACGUCGUUACAGAAUUGAAUAUUCUUACUGUAGUCUCCAUGUGUCAGAACAAUCGUUCUCCUUUGAAUCCACCCUACUGAACGCGAGUUUGCCGAAACACAAUCCACGUUCUCCCAAAUAUUACCUUCAUAAUGGCAUAUACACCCGAUAUAUGAAGAAAUAAUAUUUGGACGAUUAUACAUUUUGGCAUAAGCAGUAAUGUAAAUGUCUGUAUAUAUAUUAUGACAAUAUUCAAUAAAAUAUUAUUUUAUA